AUAGUUAUAUAGCUUCCACCCUGUAUUUGUAAAUGAGAAUAAUUCCUAUUUAUUGUAAUAACUUACUUGUGAAAAAAAAAGAAUGCUAUAAAAGAAAUUUUAGAAAAAAAAAUGUUAUCACAAGCAAAUAUUACAUUAAAAGAAAGGAAUACAUUUUAAACAAAUAUUAAAACAUCUUCAUUAUUUAAAACGAGGAUUUGAUGGUGGUAAUUUAAAAUAUUCCACAACCUUAAAAAAUAUCUAUAAUGAUAAGAAGUUACUAUGUACUAAACAAACACCAAAUAUAAUAUAAAUUAAUGAGAAAAUAUUCAACAGAAAUUUCAAAGGAUAUUGAAAUACCUUUAAAACAAAGUGACUUGAAUAAUAACAAAAAUGAUACAUUAAUAGGAAAAUCUUCAGAUAGUUUUAAUGGAUUUGAUAUUAAUAAGUUUAUCAAUUUCUUAAAAAAUGGAAAAAUUAAUGAAGAAAAAUCAUUCAUAUCAACACAAGAAUAUUACGCUAAUAUACAAGAGAAUACAGAUAUAUUAAUGUCGCAUUGGAAAAUUGGACCAGAUGGAACGACAUUUUUAAUCUUAUUACAACAUUGCAAAAAUCAUGAACAAUUAGAAGAUAUUUGA